AUGGCGUCUAAUUACUUUCCAACCGUUGCUCGCCCCUCCACAGAAGACUUGAAGCAAUUCUAUGUCGGCAAGGAUAUUGCAGAUGUGCCCAAGCCGGCUGUCGUUCUUGAUGUCGCAAUUAUCAAAAGACAUUGCCAGGCGAUGCUGGAGACCGUGAGGGCUUUGAAUGUGGGGUUCAGAGUGCAUGUCAAAUCACACAAGACGUCUCAAAUAGCCCGACUGCAGGUCGGCGAUGACGGAGAUACCAAUUUCAUCGCAUCAACAAUCCCCGAGAUUGAAACUUUAGUCCCUCUAUUAAAGAGUCUGCAAGAAAAUGGUCGCCAGAUCAACGUUCUAUACGGAAUCCCCCUGGUGCCAUCGCAGGUUCCCCGACUUGCUACCUUGGCCCGAGAACUAGGUGAAAAGAGUAUCACCGUCAUGAUCGACCAUCCAGACCAAUUGAACUACCUGGAGAAAUUCCAUUCCAUCGCUGGAUUCCCCGCCUGUACUUUUGUCAAGGUCGAUGCGGGAUAUCACCGCGCUGGUCUGCCACCUGCCAUGCUAAACAAGAAUGGGCUGCUGGAGAAGCUGGCAAAGACAGAAGAAUCAGGACAUGCCAUUUUUCUGGGGGUGUACUCUCAUAGUAGUCUUAGCUAUGGAGGAAAGACACCAGAAGAAGCCAUGUCGCAUUUGGCAGGAGAAAUCGAAAGUUGCAAAGAAGCCAUCAAGUAUCACUCGAAUUUGUUUCCCAAAGACAGGAAGCUGGUUGUGAGCGUGGGAGCAACACCCCAGGUGGUCUCUUCGAAGAAUCUUCUACAGGGCAAUGCUACUUCCCAGCAAGAUGCUUUGAUGGAGCAGCUACAUGAUCCGUCAGUCAAGGUCGAACUUCAUGCAGGCGUCUAUCCUUUACUUGACAUGCAGCAAGUGGGAACCAACGCGGUAUCCAACCUUGGUAAGAUAGAGGAUGAAAUUGCCAUUUCCGUGGUUGCAGAGGUAUGCAGUGUAUACAACAACGGCGAACGAUCGAAACCGGAGGCAUUGGUAGCAGCUGGGACACUGGCAUUGGGAAGAGAACCAUGUCAGAGCUAUCCAGGAUGGGGAGUUGUCUCUUCGUGGCGACAGGAGUCCAUAUCGUCGCGUCUGAUCGUUGGGCGCAUCAGCCAGGAGCAUGGGAUUUUGACUUGGGAUGGGGACAGCAGUGAUGCACAGAUUCCAUUACGAAUCGGACAGGCUGUGAGGAUAUAUCCUAACCAUGCUUGCGUUACUGGUGCAUUGUAUGACUGGUAUCUCGUCGUUGAUUCGAGUCAGGAAUCAGAGGGAUCGAAGAUAGUUGAUGUUUGGACAAGGGUUGGGGGCUGGUAG